AUGGUAUUAAGAUCCGUGAAAAGCAAGGAACCGAAAAGCAAGCCAGCAAGAAAGCAAGCUAGAAAGAAAACCGUGACAGCAAAAACAAACUUUGCUAGAUUUAAAGCUAGCCCGCGGAUUCGUUCGCAAUUUACUGUUAUUGUUAUUAUUGAGCAUAUAUAUAUAUAGAGAGAGAUGGAGGCGUUACGGUGUUUUAGUGACUCUCAUUAUUUGGAGGAGUUUAAAGAUGACGGUUUGCAGAGCGUGACCUCAACAGAGCAGAGAAAAGUUGAGAGGAACAUUAAAGAGGUUCUCAGUGUUUACCAGCAGAUCCACACUUCACCCCAGCCGACGUUAUUACGAGAACAACACUACCAGUAUCUGAAGAAAGGUUUACGCCAUCUCUCAGACGCCUACGAGUGUCUGGAUGCCAGUCGGCCCUGGCUGUGUUACUGGAUCCUGCACAGUCUGGAGCUUCUGGAGGAACCCGUGUCUGCUUCUGUGGCAUCAGACGUGUGCCACUUCCUGGCGCGGUGCCAGAGCCCGAACGGUGGUUUCGCAGGAGGUCCGGGGCAGCACGCCCACCUGGCACCCACCUACGCCGCGGUAAAUGCCCUCUGUAUCCUGGGUACGGAGGAAGCCUACAGCGUCAUAAACAGGGAGAAGCUCCUGGACUUCCUGUUCUCGGUGAAACAGCCAGAUGGCUCCUUUGUUAUGCACGUGGGUGGGGAGGUGGACGUCAGGAGCGCGUACUGCGCAGCGUCCGUGGCCUCUCUCACUAAUAUCAUGACUCCAGAACUGUUUGAGGGAACACACAACUGGGUCAUCAGCUGUCAGAAUUGGGAAGGUGGUUUGGGAGGGAUGCCCGGUCUGGAGGCUCACGGUGGCUACGCCUUCUGCGGCAUGGCAGCGCUGGUCAUACUGGGAAAGGAACACAUGCUGGACCUCAGGGCCUUAUUACGCUGGGUCACCAGCAGGCAGAUGCGUUACGAGGGUGGCUUUCAGGGCCGCUGUAAUAAACUGGUGGACGGCUGUUACUCGUUCUGGCAGGCCGGCCUGCUCCCACUGCUCCACAGAGCGCUCCUGAUAGACGGAGAGGAGACGCUGAGCGUGAGCAGUUGGAUGUUCGAGCAGCGGGCGUUACAGGAGUACAUCCUGCUCUGCUGCCAGAACCCCGGAGGAGGCCUGCUGGACAAACCGGGCAAGUCCCGGGACUUUUACCACACGUGCUACUGUCUGAGCGGUCUCUCGAUAGCGCAGCACUUCGGGAACAAGGAUCUCCACCACGAGCUGGUCCUCGGCAAAGAUGAGAACAGACUGGCACCGACUCACCCCGUGUACAACAUCUGCCCUGAGAAAGUGGCCCAAGCCAUCCGGCAUUUCCGCAAGCUGCCCGUCCCGGCGCAGAGAGGAGCCUCUGCCGGCGUGAAAGAUCACCUGUAGGAUUUUUUUUAACUUAGCUUUUGUUAGGAGUUAUGACGUUCCUGUGGUGAUCUGGGAUGUAAACAGGAAACAGGUUUAGAAAUCUCUUUAAUUAAAAACCGAAAGCAAAUGUUUUUUUUUGGGCCGUUAGUGAGUAUCUGAGAAGCUUCUUGCUGUUCUUGAUGAUUGAAAAGGCACAUAGUGGCUUUUUUUUUAAAAAAGAAUCAUGUUUUAAGGUAAAAGGUUCUGUGGUGCUGUGGAAAUAAAAGCUUCAUCCGUUUCA